CCUCCCCUCCACGACCCAACCCCCUCCCCGUCUCUCCACCAGCAGCUGCAGCCUCCACAACCCCCUCCCGUCCCGCCUCGCCGCACUUAUACACCAAUAAAUCUUCCCGAAGGCCGCUACUUUGACGGGGAUGGACAACUCUUCAAUGACAAGGACGGGGAAGGCCUCUCCUACAGUCGGCCACAGCCUCCACCCUGUGAGGACACUGAGCAGGCAGUGCGUAUUGAGGCCCUAUCACCGCCAACCCCCUUUCCAUCUGUUUCAGCAUUGAUGCCAACUGGAUUGCUCAUUAAAUAUUUUCUGAGAGUUGAUGCUGAUGGCUUAUUUCACACAUAUCCUCAUCGAGGUGGUCCAUUUAAGAGCUUAGAAGAAACCCAGGAGGCCAUAGACACCUAUCAUGCUAAUCGGAUUAAAAUCAAGUACUUGGGUGAGCUUUCCAAAGAGGACAGGUAUGUUUGGCAUAAACUAUAUUGGCGUGAUGGAACAAGGAAGAAUUCGAAGGAAGCUUUGGAUGCAAUGAUGAACCUUGACCCCACUUUGGAAGUAGUUAAAUGUUUACUAGACAAGCAUAAUGAGGAACACCAUCUUUUCGAGGAUCUUGCAUAUGAAGUCAAAGAGGUUGCGAGUUACAAAGCUCAUUUUCCGGAAAACGAUUCUCAAUAUGAAUGCAGGUCCUUCUCACAUUUAAAUGUGCUUGCAAAAAGAGGAUUGAAUGACGACGGGAAUCUUCUCUUCAUUGAAAUCACAUGCACAGAUGGUGAAUUUGAGGAGUAUGCGCUUACUUGUCUUUCUGCGGUUUCGUCCGAUGAUAAUGGUGAGUGCUGUGAAUGUGGUGAUGAUGUGAAGCAUCCCACUGGUGUGGAGUACAAAAAGGGUGAAGCCAAGCCCCAUGGUCGAUGCAAGUGCAUUAACAGGCCUAUCUCAGAUGAAGCAUUUAACAAGUUUAUCGUUGUGCGUGAUGAGGAUUCCCUGGAGGCGGAGGAGGCUAGGGUGAGACGGCAAUUCAGGAUACGCAGCAUAGCAGAUGGCCAUGGAGCGAGGGGCAAAUACAUCGUACCGGCGAAACGUGUGCAAGCAUAGAUGUAGAAUCAUUAAGGUUGUGCUGCGUUUGUUUUGGAUACCAGUGAUGCUGAGUAAGUAGCAUGUGAGUCUUUGGCAUCUUGCUUGCUGACGUAGAAGCCUCAGCUCAUUUGGGUGGAGGAUAAGCUGGUGCGAAGGUCCUGUGCAGAACCCUUGUUUAUGGUGGAAUAUCUGAAACAGCUAAUGAACACCUACGUUUUGGGGGAAUAAGCUGGCAAAACCAAAGUGGCUUUUUCAGUGCAAUGUGUUUUGUUGUGUCAGUGAAGUGUUUUUCAGUGCAAUGUGUUUUGUUGUGUCAGUGAAGUGUUUUU